AUGAUUAUAUCCGGAGGAGGAGAUAAUAAAAGUUAUCUGUGGAGGUCAGAUACUGGUGAAAAGUUGCACGAACUUUCUGGUCACGAUGAUUCAGUUGUCUCAGUGUCAUUUAGCAAAGAUGGACAAUAUGUAGCAACUGGUGGUAUGGAUGGUAAAAUUAUGGUAUGGAAGGUUGAGAAUGGUCAACAUGUUGCCACACUAGAAGGUCCAAAUGAAAUUACAUGGUUGGAUUGGCAUCCCAAAGGCAAUGUUAUUUUGGCUGGUACUGCUGAAUCAACAAUCUGGAUGUGGCAAAUACCUUCAGGCAACUUUAUGAAUCUAUUCGCUGGACAUUCAGCAUCAGUUACUGCGGGUCAAUUUACUCCAGAUGGUAAAAAGAUUGUUACAGGAUCAGAGGAUUCAUCAUUAAUAGUAUGGGAUCCAAAAAAUGCCACAUCUAUUUUUAAAUUAUCAAAUGAUGACUCAAGAUUUCAUCAUGAAGGAAUAACUUCACUUGCUAUCAAUAAAGAAAAUAGUUUAGUUCUCACAGGUUCUAUGGACCAUUCUGCUAAAUUAAUCAAUCUAACAAAUGGACAUAUUAUUGGAUCUUUUGAAAAUCAUACCGACUCGAUAGAAACUGUUGGCUUUUCAGACAUAUCAUCAUUAGCAGCAACAGGCUCGGUUGAUAAUAAAUUAAAUAUUUGGGACCUUACUACAAUGCGACUUCGGCAAACCUGUCAACACGAUGACGCAAUAGUUCAACUUCAAUGGCAUCAUGAAUCGCCCUUGAUAACAACUUGUUCAGUUGAUAAAACCGUUCGCAUUUGGGAUUAUCGAACUGGGUAUAAUAACGUUGAACUUGUAAAUGUUCAAGAUAUAAAACCACUAGAAAAAAAUAAAAGGAAAAUGUCGCUUGAUAAAAAGGAAAAGGAACACAAAAAAAAAAAGGCUGGUGAUGGACAGAAAAAAGUUAACGAACAGGUUCAAAAACAGAAAAGUUGGCUGGCUUUUGCUAGUAGCACUUCAACAGUACCCGGAAAAAAAGUCACAAAAACAAAAAGAUUAGCUCAACCACCGAUAAAUAAGAAGAUUGGGGUUGUUGGUAGUGGUAAACCAAUGACUCACUUCCAACAACGUGGUAAACAUAUUUUUGACCGUGAUUAG